UUCACCAUGGCUGAGUUCGGAGAUUUUUUACGUGCCCUGGGGGAGUGUGGGCGCUAUCAGAAACUGCUGGUCCUGCUCCUCUCCCUCCCACUACUUUUCAAUCCUUUCCAAAUGGUUGGCCAAGUGUUCAUGGUUGUGGAAGUGCCUUACCACUGUGACACCAGCUGGAUCCGUGCUGUCGGCCCCAACCUGACUGAGGAAGAGCAGCUGAACCUCACCCUGCCCCGGGGCACGGACGGGCAGUUCGAGCAGUGCUCCAUGUACUCCCCGGUGGACUGGGACCUCGACUCCAUCCUGGCCUAUGGGCUGAAUGACACACAGAAGUGCAGCAAUGGCUGGGUGUACCCCUCAGGACAGCCACCAUCCCUGCUGACCGAGUUUGACCUGGUGUGUGACAGAGCAGUCCUGAAUGAUGUCUCCCAGUCCAUCUACAUGGCUGGGCUUCUCGUAGGAGCCAUGUUCUUUGGGAUGCUAAGUGACAGGAUAGGCAGACGGCCAGUCCUUCUCAUCUGCAUGUUCAUCCAGAGUGUGUUUGGCCUGGGAAUUGCCUUUGUGCCCCAUUUCUAUGUGUUCAUAGCCUUCAGGUUUGUCGUGGCAACUGCGGUGUCAGGAAUUAUGAUUACAGUAGUAUCCCUGGGAACGGAAUGGGUGGGUGUGUCCUACCGGCCAAAGGCAGUGCUGAUUGCUCACACGGCUUUCGCCAUCGGGCAGAUGACGGUGGCUGGCUUGAGUUAUGGGAUUCGCAACUGGAGGCUGCUGGAGAUUGUAGGAUCUGCUCCUAUGUUCUCCCUUUUCUUCUUCAUCUGGGUGCUCCCAGAGUCAGCUCGCUGGCUGGUGACCAAAGGCAGAAUCGAGGAAGCCAAGAAGCUCCUGCAGAAGGCGGCAGCCACCAACAAGCGCAGCCUCCCACCAGAGCUCCUGGAGCAGUUGAAGCCUGAGAAAGAAGCCAAGUCUGGAAGUUUCCUGGAUCUCUUUCGGGAGAAGAACCAGAGGAAGAUUACUUUAGUCAUGUCAUGUGUCUGGUUUGCAGACAGCAUUGUCUACUAUGGGCUGAGCCUCAGCGUGACAGAUUUUGGUCUGGACAUCUACCUGACACAGCUGGCCUUUGGGGCAGUGGAGCUUCCAGCUCGGCUUUCCUGUAUUUUCCUGCUGGAGUGGUUUGGGAGGAAAAAAGUGCAGGGCAUUCUCCUGAUUCUGUCUGGCCUGUUAUGUCUCAUCCUCACUGGCAUCCCUGCAGAGCAGGCCCUGGCAAUCACUGUCCUGGCUGUCAUUGGCAAGAUGACAUCCACAGCUGCUUUCUCCACCUCCUACGUCUACGCCGCUGAGGUCUUCCCCACGGUUAUCAGGUGA